AUGGGUUCUACUUCCAUUCCCGUUCAACCGGCCUUCCCCCUUCCCCUUUCCACUCCUUAUCCAUCAGUUUACUUCAACUUCUCAGUAGUGAGUUUUGAGUCUCGUUUCAGCUUGACGCUGACUGACCAUCAAGUGACCCGUUCGCACAAGCUCAAUGACCGGGACCACCCGGCUGAUGGCAUGAUUGGCACCCGUGGUGAUCACUUGCCUCGCUAUUUUGCUAAGUCAGGCCCGACCGAUGCUGAUCCUCGCAAGACAAAGAAAGAUGGGGGUGGAAAAGGGAACUGGGGCCGCUCUGGGGACGAAGUGCAGGAUUAUGGGUAUACAUUUGCCAAUGCUCGGCGUCGUUCAAACAGCAGCACCCAGGGCCUCGCAGAAUUUAGAACCAAAUUUGAAACUGUUGAGCCAGAGCCUGUUUUCGAGGAGCCAGUUCGUGAGCCCGCCGAGGUGACCGUGGCGAACGAAAGCACGGUGACCAAAGUUGAAAGCACCAGCAGCAAUGACAGCGAUUUCAAUCAGGGAGGAGUGAAAUAUUAG